AUGCACGCACAGUCCCCCACGUCUGUCCAACAGCCGAACACCAAGUCCACGAGCCCCGCCGAGCCCACCUUUGACAGCCAGCAUGGGGAGCAACAAGGCGCGAGUCCAGUCGGUGACAAUGGAGGUGUCAGCCUUGUCAACCAUGUGCCUGACGCUGACACCCCUGGACGACUGAGUCCUACGCACAAGGCCUGCUCAGCUUCGCGCAAUCGCAUCGCCGAAUACGAAAAUGCCUCGGCCGCCUCGCCGUCCAAAAAGAAGAUGGAGGGUCCGGCCUUUGCUGUCGUCAAGAAGCCGAGAAAGCCUGGUGACAAGCACUCGCCUAUUGCCGACUUGCCCAACGAAAUCUUGACCCACGCCCUUGCACACCUCUCUCCUCAGGACCUGUCUGCCGUUUCGCUCGUCUCCCGCCGCUUCCAUGAUCUAGUCACCACUCCUCACGCCUGGAGGACUGCCUUUUCACGCUAUUUUCCUGGCCCAGACUCCCUCGAUCCCAAUGCCUAUCACGACGAAGACGACCACGAUGAUGGCCUUCGUGUCGAACGUCGCGCCUUUACUCGCGUUACUGCUCUGGCUUCAUGGCGAAGCGAAUAUAUCCUUCGCACCCGCUUGCUACGUUCUCUCGCUCGUGGCAAACCAGUCCAGCCGCCUGCUUCUCCCGCCCAAGCUCGUCUUGGCCAGCCUCCAGUCGCAUCACCUAUCGUCGUCUACCCUUCGCAGAUGUUCACAACUGUCAACCACUUACACGCCACUUUUGGUGGCACCGCUCUCAACAAGCGACCUCCCCGCUUCGUUCACGGCGCUGACGAUGUUGGCACCGCCGGAAGCAGUGAUCCAACUCUUGAAAAGGCCGAUUCGUGGGGACUGGGCGACCCCAACACGUUCCUCCAGUUCUCGGAUCGCUUCCCUGGAGAUGCCAUGUACGGUCUGGGUCCUGGAAAUAUUGUAGGCAUUCCCAAUUCCAUGGACGUCAGUCAGCCAUACGGCAUGAUCCAUGGCGAAGGCUCUCCGGGUGGCUUUGUCUACUACAGGUAUACUGAGGAGAUGCGCGGUCAUUUCUUGAAGCCUUCGAGCGGCAUAUCCGUACCAGCUCUUGGAAUUCCGCAGCUAUUGCCUGUUCAGGAAUCCAUAUGCAGCGUGUGGAUCGCCAAAUCUUCUACCAUUCCUUCUCUUACCGACGGCCUGAUUGGACUCAUCUCGGGCUCAUCCCUCGGUGUCCUCACAACAUACAGUCUUGGACCUCUCGGGACUCGCGAUCAACGCUUCGGUCGAGGCGAGAUUACAGCGCGGUGGGUCCUCAGUCCGGGAGUACCAAUAAUUGCCAUUGCCAUCGACGACCAAUACUCAGUAAAGCGUCAAGGAGAGAAUCGGGCAUGGGCAGUUGUGCUCAACGCUCUGGGCGAGGUUUUCUACUUGACCAAGCUACCCAAACGCAGCAACGACGAUAGGCCUGUCGGAUCGAAUGACGAGGCGAAGGAGCGUCUUGCCUGGUCGGUUGGACGAUCUGUAUACUGGAAUCUUGUGGAACCCAGUAGACGCACUGCUCGCCCGAACCCUUACAGCAAUUCUCAUGUGGACGGCAGUUAUUCUCCUCGUACCUCGUGGAAUGGCAUGUAUCUGAGCGAAGAGCAAAUGAAAGCCGAGACAUAUGAGAUCGAGGACUACAUCAAUCGAAAGCCCAAGGACUUCCAAAGAACCUGUUUGGGAUGGAACAUGCGCAGGUUACUGGAGGUUGAUUUCGCAGGAGAUGAUGGCAACCAGGCCGGAGAAGCUGUUUUCGUGUUUGAAUCUGGCCUCGACGAAGACUCUGUCGCUUCGGCCAAACGAUUCGUCCGAUUCAAGGUCGCCGAUACGAACAGGUCGGAGAACAGAAUAAAUGGAUCGAACUUCACAUCAACCCCGACAGCCCCUGAAUCGACUUCCCUCUUCGGCGGCCCGUCGACCCCUCCAUCACCAUCUAAGGAUGAUCUGGAAUGUGGUCUGUCGUUGUCAACAGUUCAAGAUCUCGAAACCGACAACAGAACCAAGCGCUCGACAGAGGAGUGGAGACUAUCCAGUUUGUCGUUCGUUGGGCUGAAAACAGUACAGAUCACAGCUCACGCAUUGGAUGGGUCAACCUUUGCGACUCUCACGUCUUCUGAGGAUCCACUUUUGAACUUUUCGGGCCAGUCGACAGUGUCUUCCNCUAGCAUGACACCUCUAUACAAGUCCAGCACACCGUCUUCGCCUACGGAUAUCCCAGGUCAGCGAGCCCGAUUCAUCGCUGUGGGUACCAUGAUGGGCACUGUUUUGGUCUGGGAUGCAAGAGCAUCGCUGCCUACCUCGGCCGAGGCUGUCAACACGCUGGAACCGAUACGCAUCAUCCACACAGAAUCGCCACAGAUUUCCUGCAUUGCACUGUCGUCUCUCUACCUUGUGCACGGAGGAAACGAUGGCCUUGUACAAGCUUGGGAUGUUCUAGCUUCCAGUCUGGGCCCGAUANAAAGACUGCACUCACGCCACGCAUCCCGAGCAAGACGUAGAUUGGUGCAAGCUCAAGCGUCGGUCCAAGGUGUGGGCAUCAACUUGUUCGCAGCGGGAGCCAUCUGCCUUGAUCCCGAUCCAACAGUUCUGCGAGGUAUGGUCUCCGUUGGUACACACUUGCUGUAUUGGAGCUUCAGCUCUUCUGCAGCAGAUCAGUACAAGUCACACAAACGUCGCCUGAGGAGAGCGGAUCGAGGUACCAAUGUGGCUAACGAUCGAUUUGCCAACGUUGGCAGAGGCAAUAUCAAAGGCUUCAUCGCGAACGAACAAUUUGAACUUGAGAGAGAGAGUGCACGAGAAGCAAGACAAGCAGAGCAUCUGGCUGGAAGGUUUGGUACUGAUCUCUUGGGCAGUGAUGCUAGCGAGGAAGAGAUUCUUGCCUACGCCCAGAUGCUUAGUGAGGAAGCGCUUGCAAAGGACCACGAAAAGAAAACGAUCGAGCCCUCGACCAAGGGUAGGGCACCCAUCGCUACCCCAAUGGACGAUGCAGAUAUGGAUCCAGAAAUCGCAGAGGCAAUCCGACUCAGUCUUGCAGAAGAGGAAGCCAAGCGCAUGCAGGAGCAAGAGGAGGCUGAUUACGAGGCGCUCCAACAGCAAGAGACAGCAGAGGGUAGCAAUGACAGAGAAUUGACAGAUCUCGAAUUUGCACUGCAGCUCAGUCUCGCCGAAGAGCAGAGCAGGCUGGAAGCCGAAGUAGAGGCACGAGAAGAGUUUCCCGCUCUGUCGAUACGCUCAGAUAAAGGCAAGGGAAAGCAACGUAGAUUUUCUAGAGGCUAG